AUGGUAAGCGGCGUCGAUCGCCGCGUCUUUGUUUCGGAGUCUCCGGCGGCGGGCGCGGCUCCCGCUGCAGGCGUGCAGCUCUCUCCUCGAGCUCGGUGCUACAUGCAAGGGCGAGAGGUGGAGGAAUGGCAUUCCCGGGUGACAUCGGAUGUGUCGGGUCUCCCUCCUGCCCCGUCGCGCCAAAGGCCGCCGCCCUUUCCCGUGACUGGCUUCACCGCAGCCUGCGCCUCUCCGUGCCCGCCGACUGUGCUGCGCGAAGACCCCCUUUCCGUGAUUCACAAGCGCGUCAAGACACGCAGAGAUCCCACACUGACGUACGCGGUCCUCGUGCCUCCGCGGCUAGAGCCCGACAGGCUCCUGCCUCCCUGCCAGAGGUUCUCGAUUUCACAAACGAACCGCAGGCCUUCUCGAGCGAGGCGGCUCGACGGAGCGUCUGCGCCAGCCUCCGCGUGGGGGUCACGAGACCCGCGAGUGGACUUAUCCACUGUUGACCACGUCGGCAGGCACGUGGAGCUCCUGUCGACUGCUGCUCACACCGGAUGGCAGAGCCACGGAAGCUCCCAGGCCGACAGCAGAGGAGGCAGGGAUGACGCUCCGCUAGCGCAGACUCGAGCGCUGCAGCUUCGUCCUCUCACGUCGCUGUACCCGCCGGCGGCAGAGGUCUGGGCAGCGUGGCGCGCGAAGCGCUGCAGCAGAUCGACCGCCGCUGUUGCGCCGAUCCCCAGCUUGCCAGUCGACCGAACUGAGGCAGCGCGCGCGUUUGAGGCGCCGCUCGGGGGGCGCGCCGUCGUCGCCGGAUGGGAGCCUGAGCAGACCCGCAGCGGGGACUCUCUGCUUCAUUCCGUCUUGAGUGCGCCGCCGUCCGUUGCCGUGCGCGCCACUCUGGAAACUGCGGAGGCUGACGCGGGCGGAGGCGCCGCGGGGCUUUUUUUGCACCGGCAGGCGAGGGCGGGCGCGCCUGCGGACCGGGAGAGUCUCUGCGAAGGCUUUGAGAGUCCCAGCCUUCCGUACCAGCCUUCGGCAGUGCAGUCUCACGAGGCGAACGCCCGCACUUUGCCCUUCCCGUGGAAGGAAGCUUCUCGUCUUCGUGAUCAGGCCCUCAGGCACGAUGAGCGGCCGCUGCGUGAAGGCCAGGCAGGUGCUUCUGCGCCGGGCGGCGUUUUCACCUUGCGAGGUCGUCCUUCGAGGCCGGCGGCGGAGACCCGGGGGCGUUCUGCGGAGUCUGGCCUCGCUUCUGCCUCCUCCUAUGCGUCUUCUCGCAGAAGCGUGCAGGGCCACGCGCAAGCGUGCGCCCUGCAUCCUUCUCGGGGAGUGCGGGGCCGCAAUCAGGAGGACGUUUCGAUGGUUUUUUGCACGACCAAUGGCCUUUCGUCGUCUUCCUCGCUGCCGUCGCCUUCUUCCCAUCUUCUCUACCCUGCGGAGGCCGCGUCUGCUCAAGGCGCCGCGACUGCGGCGCUCCCCUCGGCCGCGAGUCCCCUCCGCCCGGCGUCUCGCCUGCAGAGCGAACGGCCUCACUCACUCUCGCCGGCGAAUCCCGGCGGGAGCGCUGCAGGCGACGGGGGCUUUGCGAGUUCAUCCGCUCGCCCGAGGCCGCCAUCUGCGGCCCUUCCGCGCGGGGCGACGCCUCUGCUGGAGUCCGAGGCGGCGCGCCGCGCGGAGCGGACGUGGCAGCGGCACAAACGCCUGGCGCUUCUUGAGCGGAGCCACGCGCGAGAUGCGCGCGCUCUCGAACCCAGUCGAGCGUCUGCAGACGUGUGGCGGCCGUCCUUGGAGGAGCUGGCGCCCGUCGCUCCAGAAGGGAGACACACCGCUGAUGACACGACAGUAGACAGCGCUCCGGGCGCGAGUGCACCCUUCGGCUGCGAGAGCCCUAGGCGCGCGACCGUUGAACAUGGCGGACAGCCUGGCUUCCCUUUCCUUCUUCGGCGUGAAAGCAGAGAAGCCGCCACUUCUGCGCAGAGGGGAGACGCACGUGGCGACGCCGGCGCAGGCGACCGAAGGAGCGCGGCGGGCCGCGGCGUGAACCGCCUCGGCGCGGGUGCUUGCCAACGCCUGCCGCCGGGAAGCUGCGAAGAGCCAGAGAGAGCGGAGAGCUUUGAGAAGACUUGGAAUAGGCGAGGCGGAGGCCAGUGGGACUCCAGUGCGGAAACGCGGGAGAGCGCAGCGAAAAAGGCGUUUGGGGAUGUCCACAGCGGCGGCAGUCGCGGCCCCGCCGACGCCGAGGACAAAAACCCGUUCAACACCUUCCGCACGGCGUUUUCCUCCUCGUCUCCGUCGUCGUCAUCCCGUGCAGAGUCUUCUUUUUUGGGGUCCAGUUCGCGGGGCGAAGAUCGCCAGCCGGCGCCAGGCAGCCCUCUCCUGUGGCCCCCUCCCUGCGGGCGAGGCGAGGCGCCUGCGCCUCCUCGGGCGCGGCCGCCGCGCCGCAGAUCGUCUCCGCCUCUCGCCGCCUCGCACGCCUCGGCCCCGUCGCCGUCUCUUCCCUGGGCGCCGGCUGGAGAAGCUUCGGCCUCGGCGUCGUCCGGCGAGAGCAGCGGCGAAACGCCUCGCGUCGCCGGCAGGCGCUCCUCGGUUGACAUGGAGUGUCUCUCUCCGCGGCGGGCCCUCGCCCGGGCGCGGCGACGCCGAGCCGAAGAGAACGAAGCGCGGGCGCGAGCCCAUGCGGGGCACCUGCGGGGCCUCGUGACCAGCGAACUCCAGGAGCUGCAGCAGCUAGAGCUUCAGGCGCGCCUCGCCUGCCAGAGGCUGCACGAACAGGCGGAAGAGGACUACGGGCGCCUGGUGUCUCUGCGGCAGCGGUCGGAGCUGCUGCGCCGGGAGUUGGCGCGCUGGACAGCUUGUCUUUCUGCGAGCCGCGCAGCGGCGACAGACGCGAGUGUAGCGUCCUCACUGGAAUCCGCAAAGGACGGCACGGGGCGGCGCCGCGCGGAGGGCGACGCUCGGGACGCCGAUCGCGAACGAACCCUGGAGUUGCAAAAACUGGAGCUGGAGGUUGACUACCUCGAGAGGCUCUUCGCGCUGCUGACCACCUUCCACGCGCCGCAGCGCGGCGGACCCGAAGACGCCGAGAAACGGGAAGCCAGCGACGCGUUCUGGGGCGACGAUGAGGCCAGCGAGGCGUGCGCAGAUCGCCAGAGUCGCGUGGUGGCCCUGAUCGAGGCGGGGUGCUGCGCGGGGCUUCUCGGUGAGGACGCCGCAUGCAGCGGGCCUCCAGAGACCUGCGAGAGAGAACCUGUGCGACGAAGACGACCCGCAUGCACUCGACACGCCGAAGAGCGGCUCCACUGGGCACUCGGCAGUGGAGGCCAGCUCGAGAGAAGCAGAGGAGACUCGCCUGCGCAGCCUUGUGCGGCGCCGCCGCACGCGCAGCUGCGGGCGGGUUCGUGCCCCAGGAGACAGCGCCACGAGCUGAGGCGCCUCCUCUGCCACCUGAGGCACAAAUGCGGAGCAGCUGAGCGGAAGUGCCUGGAGAAGAUGGACGAAAACGCCCUGCUGUGUGAGUGGCGGCUCACCACCGAACGCUUGGAGGCGAUCGUUUUGGGUCGGAGAGAACUCUACGCACAAGUGAUCGACCAGCUCGGCAUGACACUGGAGGACCGCGACGUGCUGCUGUAUCGCGAUGCGCAUCUCUCGCUUCUUUUUUCUUCUCCACUCGAGCAGCAAGAAGGCUCUCCACGCACCCUUUCCCGCCAGCUGCCUCUCGAGUCUUCUCUGUCUUCUUCUGCUUGUCCUCCCUCUUGUGCGUUUCCUUUCUGGCUGCCUUCGGUGGAGCAUCCGCGCGCGUGGUCCCCUCGAACCACGAGCGCUCCACCUUUUUCCUCUUCCUCCUUCUCCGCCGUUCCUUUCGCGCCUUCCUUUGCAUCGGAGUCGUCCGCGAGCUCGUGUGCGUGCCCAGCUUCUUCCGCCUCUCGCGCCUCGUCGGCUGCGUCGCCGCGGCGCAGUCCACCACCGGUUGGGCCUCCUCGCCCUGCGGUGUGUACGGCUGCGGCGUCCCGCUCCCCUCUCUCUGCAGAGUCCUUCGAGCGCCGGAAGCUCUUGGCAUACCUGGGACCGGUCACUUUUUCUUCGCCGUUUCAGCCGCAGACGCAGACGCGGGAGCCAGCGGCGAAAGGAGGGAGGCCCGAGUGGGCGCGGGCAGGCUCAGGCGCGCGCCACCGCCCGCCAGCCGCCCCACAGACAAUCGACCACUCUUUGCGCCUUCGCGCGCUUCGUUUGCCUGUCGAAACGGCCGAACAGGUCCUCGCGCCGCCCGAGCCGACUCAGCACGCGUUUGCGCCCGUCGCCCUCCAAGCCUCGCGCCCCUGCGGCCGAGGCUCGCCCCUGCUUCAGGUGUACUUACACCGUGCAGACGGCGGCGUGGAGGAAACGAACGCGUUUCCGAGCGAGCGUGGCGAGCCUGCGAAGCCCUCCGCGGCGCAGGCAACGACGGCGCUGCGUGUUGACGCUGGCUCCGCGCCCGCAGGCCGCGCAAUCUCGCCCGAGCGCGCGCGCUUGGGAGACAGCGCAGAUCCGGCGAAUCUGUGCAGGGAGGAGAGGCCGAGCGACCCCGGAGACAGCGACGCCGAAAGCGCCCGCAGAAACUUGAGUCUCGUCGCCUUUUCGCAAGCGCUGCGCGAGCUCGAGAGAGACGCAGAAGAAGACAGCUGCGUGCGUCCGCUGGACCUGCGUGCGCAUUGGGAAAAGAGAGAACGUGCAGAACGAAGGAACGGGGGGACGACUGCCAGCUGCCUCUCGCGUCUGUCGACAGAACGAGAGACGGAACUCCUGCAGGCGGCCCGUCGCUGGGCUGAGAAAAGCAGAAACCUUUUGGCCGGCCGCGUGGAGCGAUACGACCGCAUGGUUCACAGAGUUCAGAUCUGCAAGCGAAUUCUGGACGCCUGGAAGUGUGCGCCGGCAACCCUGGACGAAGCGCUCGCGGGCCUGCUUGCCCGGUAUGCGCCGUCUCCGCUCUUCCACUUUGAUCCUCUCCUCGCUCACGCCCCGAUGCCUCCGCAGACCUCGGGAUUUCGGGGCGCAGAUGAAGACCGGACUUGGAACGAAGAACGAGAGAGCGACGCGGAAAGUAGCGAGCCGGGAAAAAGUGAAGCGGAGGACGCAGAAGGAGAAGAAGUGGAAGAAGCAGAAAGCGAAGACGCGGAAGAAGAAGAGGAAAGGAGCCAGGGAAGAGGCGCUCGAAGGCGGGUCGAUAGCCCAGGUAAGGGGAAAGGCAGGGAGAGAUCUCUUCAAGAGAAAGAAAGACAGCGGGGAUGCGGAGGCGAGACUGGAGGCGCCUGCGGGCCGCCGCACCGUGGAGCGGGCGCGGAGGCCUCCCCUCAGGCGCAGAAGACCGCGAGCCCAGCAGCCGCAGGCGUGCCAAGGCAACAGGCGCCGGCGGGCGGCGCUGCGGCCUUGAGAGGCGCACGUGGCGGAAGGGAGAUGGGGCGAGGACGCGGCGAUGAUGGCGAAAGCCGUCCCGCGGAUGAAUACCCCUCGGCAGAAACGCAGAAAGAGGGUGAAAGAAACACGCCAGACAGAGGCGCAGAGACAGCUUUUCGCGGCGAUCGAGCUGGGCAAACGGUGGCGGCACGACCAGAGAAACAGGAGGCCGAGCAAGCGGCCUCUCACAAGCGGCGGGAGGCGGCCGCCCACGAAGAACUGGAAGAGGAAAGUGGACUUCUGGUCACUCGAGAGGGGAUGUGCGAGGGAGCGGCUGGAGAGCGCGGGGCAUCCUCGCGAUUCGCGCUGAACGAGGGGCGGGGAGACGAAGGUUCUAUCCAGUCGCCGGAAGGCGGCGCGGAGACGUGCCGGCGGUUGGGCAGGGGUCACGCGUGCGACAGUGGGCUGGCAUCUAUUUUUGCGAAGGAGCCCGUCUGCUUCCGUACCUCGUCGUCGGCGGUCAGUCUCGCGUCGUGCUGUUUCCACCCGCCGCGCUGCUUUGCCUCCGCAUGCAUGGGCGACACAGGCGGCUUUGAGGUCGUCGUGCCGCAGACUCAACCUGCAAAGUCGCGGCACGAUCUCGCGGCGUUUUCGAGCUCCUUCCGCGACGCAGUCGAGGCUGCAGACUGUGCACGCGAAGACGCGCGGCUGCAGGGCGCUGGGAAGGCUGACCCCACGCGAGAGAAGGCCCCGGAAAGGCGCGUCGAGAGCGCGGCGGGAGCAGGCGACGACCCCCCGAGAAACGCCCCGGAAGAUACUGCAUACGACCGACAGGACGCCAGGGCGCUCGACGUUGUGGAGGCGGAAGAAGAAGAGAGGCCAGCUCAACGGGGAGACAAGGGGCGAGUUCUGCGGGUGAAGCCGCAUAGAAACGAUGCAGGAGAGGCACUGCCGGUUUCCGCGUACGCUUCCCCGGAGAAGCGGCGCAGGCUGCUGCCCUCGUGUCUGCAUGAGCCUCAGACGACGACCAGCUUAUUCCUUCGCAGCUCUGUUCUGCGCGGGGCGGCACCCGCGCGGCGGCGCGAGGCGGCAGCGGCGCCCCUCCCGCACGAAACGAAGGCCCAGGCAGCCGCCAGCGAAGAGGCCGGAGCCCAGAGUGAACGCGGCGGCCGAGAGCGGAAAAAGCUAUCAGACAGGGUCCGCUGGAAGGAAGGUCGCUGGCAGGGACACGGCGGCGCGGAGGCACGAAGAGACAGAGACUGCGCGGAGGUCGCGCUUCAUCUCCGAGCAAGCAGAGAGGCAGGAGGCACAAAGGAAGGCGCGGAGCCACGAGCGCAGAGACAUAGCGAAGGCGAGGUCAACGCACAACAUGGCACAUUUGGCGCAGGUUCCGCGAAGUCUCCGCAGAACAAAAACGACGGCGCAGGUCGGCAAGAGGGCACGAGUGAGAGUGCAGGUGCCGCACACGGAGGCAUGCCGACUCAGGGGCAGGGUGGAGCCGAGGAAAUGCAGAAGCGGCGGAGAGGGGAGACCGAGGACCCCGCGCCGCGGAGGGCGAGCCCGGGAAGGCCAGCAACUCGCGGCCUCGGAACUCUCACAGAGACGUCGGGCGGAAGCGAGAUGAGGACGGGCGAGGAGACAGAGUCUAGGCGGGCGCGCGGCUCACAGGCGGCGUCCUCCUCUGCCAGUCGAGAGAAGAGCGCGGGAGGAGAAGCUGGCGACACAGGCAGCUGCGUGAGCGGGUCAGCCAUCAGAAGCCGCGGGUCUUCCUCGCGCCCGCGAUCCGUCGUGCCUCCACUGUUUCCGGAAGACGAGUCGCUGUCUUUCGGCGUGAGCGAGCCCUGGAUUCACGCCUCCGGCCCUUCGCAGUCUCCUUCUGGACCGCUUCGUCCUUGGGGAGACUCUGGAGCCGCGCCUGUCUGCGCGAACCAGCUGCCCCCCGCCGCGUCUUCUCCUCUGGCGGCGCCCGGAGAAGCUGCCGGAGACCCUCGGGCCUCGCGGACUUUUCAGCCGCGGGCCUCGCCGCUCGCCCCCUCCCCUGCACCCGUCUGGGCAGCAGUUGGCGCAGAGGGGCACGCCGAGGCGCAACGCAGCGCGAGGAAGGCAGACACCAAAGAGACGCACGCGCCGGAUGCGAGCGCUGUGGGGCGCGGAGACCGUCUCGGUGCAGCGGCAGGUCCGGGGCCGGUAGGCACGCGCCGCGCAGCCGCUGGCGAGGCUCCCCAAGAGGCGGGCGCCGGCGCUCGGCGCGCAGAGGAAGCCGGUGGAGGCUGCUCAGGCGCAGAGGGGGCGAGCGUCUCGAGGCGGAAGGAAGACAAAGCCGCACAGCAGAGAGAGGAGAAAGCGGCGCGCAGAGGAAGCGAAGGCGUCGAGGGGGACCCCAGGCGCGAAGGAGGGAACGGGCGAGGCCAGGCAAGUCAAUGCCCGCGAAGGAGCACGCAACUCAGCGGAGACUCAGCGCCCGGCGAUGCAGGAGCGACCCGGGAAGCGGAUGCAGGGGGCGGUGAGGCCACAGAGAGGGGCAAGCAGGGGAGCGCCCCAGAGGCGAACGAAACUGACCUGCCGCUGAGGGCGGAGUGCCGCGAGUACGGCCGCGGCGCGGAGGAGAGAAUGAGAGAACAGCUCGCCAGCAAGACGACCGAGGAGAGGAGGCAGCCGGAUCCGCGCAGCGCUGAGGAGCCAGAUGCGCCGGGGGCGAGCCGCAACGGCGCCCGCGUGGUAGCAGCGACUGGCGAAAAGGAAGGAAUAGGACAGAAAACGGAAGACCGCAGGGGGGAGGCCGGAAGGCUGACGCCGUCUGGGAGUCCGGAGUCAGCGGAAGCGUCCCUGCGCAAUGGGGAUGAAGCAGCCCGAGGAGACAAGCGGCAUCCAAAAGCUCCUGAGAGCACCGGGGCGGGGGCCUCGAGCGCAGAUCAAGCAGCCCCACGAAGAGGCACCGCCUCAGGACCGGAGCCCCCGCUGCCAAGGGGCGAAGGUCUUUCUGCCGCAGGGGCGAGGAGACACUCCUGGCAGGGGACUCGUUUAUCGCAGCAGGAGACUCCAUGCGAACGCAGCGUGGGAACUGACUCAAGAGACGCUCUGCGGAGACGCGUCAAGAAGAAAAAAGUGAAAACCCGCAAGGAGCAGAGAGACCGAGCAACGUGA